UUUACUAGGACAUAAACUGAGAGUAUUGUAAAGUAGACAAGAUUGAACUUUCUUUGCCAAAUGGAUAAUUUUAGUGUCCUCAAAGGUUCCUUCAGACUGUGAAUUAAAAUAUAUAGAAAAGUUAGCAAAACUAGAAAAAUGAUGAAAUCAAAUUAAGCUUGACUUGUAUUUACGCUACUGGAAAUUUCUAACAGUUUUGCUAUAAUAAUGUGAUAUGUGCGUUAUUUCAUUCCAAAACUAUUUUAAACAAUUUGACUGACAAGUAAAUAUCUCCUGUUUUUUUUUUUUUGGACUGAGUAGAUAUGGCAGCAAAUGUUAGCAAGUCUGGAGAUAUUUUGUACUCGUUUUGUGGAGAUGUUCCGUUUUGGGACCCUUCGACGGUAGAUGUCGCUACGCCAAUAUUUUCACCAUGUUUUCUGGAUACAGUUCUGAUAUGGGGACCGUGUGCCUACCUUUGGAUACUGUCGCCGUUCUUUCUUAUCUAUAUGUACAAGGGAAAACGUCUAACGCCGCUACCAUUUUCAAAACUCAGUGCCUGCAAAUCUAUAGUGUCCUUUCUUAUCAUGUGUAUGGUAGUUCUACAGUUAAUUUUCCAAGAACAUGACGGCUAUGCUUGUGACAGUAACACAUCAAUAUCCGCAGCGUCAUAUACAGCCACCGCUCUCAAGUUUAUCACAUUUCUCCUGACUAUUGUGCUGCAACAACUUCAACGACACCGGGGCAUGAAAACUUCCGGUGUACCGUUUGUGUUUUGGUUACUUCUGAUUGGCUGCGAAACGUUCUCCCUUUAUGCGCAUGCCCAGAGACAGAGUACGUGCAGUGAAGAUGUGGCGUUCUAUAUAUAUUUCAUAUUGUUGGUCAUACAAUUUGUUCUUCACUGUUUCGCUGAACAAUAUCCAAAGCAGGGGUACCACGAAAUUGAUGAUGAUAACCUGUGUCCAGACGAAAAUGCCUCAGUUCUACGACGCAUCUUUUUUGAGUGGCUUACACCGGUAGUUAUAAAGUGUUACAAGAACACAUUUAAUCCUGCCGAAUUCUGGGAUCAGACUAGCAGGCUGAAAGCGGACAACCUUGGGCCACUGCUAGAGAACGCAUGGAAAGAAGAAAUUAUUAGAUGUGAGAGAGAAAGAAAAUUAUUAUGUAAUCCAGAGACUGUCUACCAAAACGGUUCACCAAGAUCUAACGGCUACGUCAAGCGACAAAAUGGCGUGAUUACCGAAGAAACGCCGUUGAUUGAAAGCGGGAGGUAUUCUAAACGAGAUUCCGUCAAUUCUGAAGUAAGCAGUAUUAAGCCAAGUUUAUACAGAGCAAUCUUCCGGACAUAUAUAUGGGUUUGGAGUGAGGCAACUGCCUAUAUGGCAUGGGGAGAAAUGCUAUGGCUUGCACAACCUAUAAUCUUAAGAUUUAUCAUUCAAAUGAUAGAGACAGAAGGUCCGGUUGAGGCAGAAUGGAAGGGAUAUUUCUACGCGGUCCUGUUAUUCAUUGUUCUUUGCAUCAAUACCUUCAUGUAUCACAUCUCCUUCCAUCACAUGAUGACAGUUGGCCUCAAGAUUAAAACGUCCUUAAUCUGUCUUAUUUACAAAAAGGCAACCACGAUGAACAGAAGUGGUCUAAAAUCAACAACAGUGGGAGAAAUUGUAAAUCUGAUGAGUGUAGACUGCCAGAGAAUCCAGGAUGCAUUCAUGUUCUCUUUCUACAUUGUAUGCAUUUUCAUUGUCCUGCUCAUUGCCGUUGUGCAGUUAUGGGACUUGAUGGGUGUAGCAAGUUUAGGUGGACUCGCAGUAAUACUUUUGGUUCUUCCGACGGUUGGUUUUAUAGCGACCAAGCAAUACAAAUUGCAAAAGGAGCUUCUUCGUCUGAAGGGUAAUAGGAUUAAAAUCCUGAAUGAGGUCAUCAGUGGAAUAAAGGUGCUUAAAAUGUAUGCAUGGGAACCCUCUUUCAUGAAGCGAAUUCAGGCGAUUCGUAAAUUAGAGAUAGACUGUUUGUGGAAAUAUGCGCUUUACGCCGCUACGACAAUUGUAUUCGCUGUUCAUAGUCCUUUUAUGAUUAACUUUGUACUGAUAACGAUAUACGUUCUAACGUCACCGACGCAUUCCCUUGGUGCUGAAGAAACGUUCACGGCGCUGUCUAUCAUCAAUAUUCUACGUUAUCCUAUAGCGCUUUGUCCGUUUCUAGUCAACGGAGCCGUACAGGGGUUUGUUUCAAUUGGAAGAAUUCAAGCGUUUUUAUGGACCGAGGACAUUAAGAAUGAUAACAUAAAUAUUGUAAAACAAGCAGAUCAUCCUGUGACGAUUGAGAGUGGCGACUUUGCCUGGAAUGCUGAUAUCGAAACGCCAGUUUUAACAAAUAUAAAUCUGAAAGUAGAACAAGGGGAGCUAAUCGCUGUGGUAGGCCAAGUUGGUAGUGGCAAAUCAUCGCUCAUUUCUGCAUGUCUGGGAGAAAUGGUACGACUGAGUGGAAAGGUGACUUUAAAGGGAAAAGUAGCCUACGUCCCACAAGAAGCAUGGAUUCAGAACAUGACGUUGCGGGACAAUAUCCUCUUCGGAAAGAAAUACCAGGAAAAGAAAUACAGAAAGGUAUUAGAGACGUGCGCACUCUUGCCUGAUCUCGAGAUCCUAGCGGGAGGUGAUAUGACCGAAAUUGGUGAAAAAGGCAUAAAUAUCAGCGGAGGACAAAAACAACGUGUAAGUUUGGCUAGAUCGGUUUACAACAAUGCCGACGUCUACUUUUUGGACGACCCUCUCAGCGCAGUAGAUUCUCAUGUUGGUAAACAUUUGUUUCAAAAAGUUAUUGGAAAUGAAGGAUUAUUGAAACACAAGACUCGUAUUCUGGUAACGCACGGAAUUCACUGGUUACCGAUGGUCGACAGAAUAGUCGUUCUAAAUAAUGGUAUAAUAUCAGAGGUAGGCAGUUACGAGGAACUUAUUUAUCACCAGGGAGACUUUGCUAGAUUCUUGCAACAGUAUUUACAACAGGAUGACGAUGAGGAUGACCCAGAAAUACAAGAGAUAAAGGAGACCAUACGAUCUCAGUUUGACGAAGCAAGAUCAGACGGAGGAAUGACGUCAGAAGAUGAUGGCAUGACUGCGAGCGGAAGGAUCCGAAGAAGGUCCACGAAAAUCAGUGCGUACACAGUAUCACGUUCUAUGUCAAGACAUAAAGACUCUGAAAUAUUUAAUCCAGAGGACCUUAGUCGACUGACGGCAGAUGAAACGUCUCAGGAGGGAGCGAUUAAAGGGGCGGUGUUGUUGACUUACAUGAAAGCGAUGGGUUUGUUAACGGUGGUUAUCGUCUUUGUUUGCAUGAGCUUAUUUCAAGGCCUCAAUGUCUUCUCAAAUUUCUGGUUGACGUACUGGACAGAGGACGAGCUUUUGAAGAACGUCAGCCUGUACCAAACACAGGAAUAUGAGGACAAAUAUCUAUAUUAUCUUCUGAUGUACAUGGGUAUGGGAAUAAUACAAGGAAUAGUUGUCUUCAUCUCGUUCUAUAUGGCACUGACACGGAUGGUUCGGGCUUCUGGAAUCUUGCAUAACUCUAUGCUAAAAAGCAUACUGAGGUCUCCGAUGUCGUUCUUUGAUACAACUCCAAUUGGGCGAAUGAUGAACAGAUUUUCAAGCGACGUUGAUAUUAUGGACAACAAAUUACCCGAGAGUUUCCGACUAUGGAGCAUCAUGGUAUUUUCAACGCUUGCUGUCGUCAUCGUUGUCGGCGUAACCACGCCCAUUUUCAUAGCUGCUAUUAUUCCAAUCGGAAUAUUGUACGCGUUUGCAGUGAAAUUUUACCUUCCAACAGCAAGACAAAUGCGACGAACGGAAUCUGUCAGACGAUCGCCAAUUUACAAUCAUUUUAGUGAAACAAUAACUGGGGCGGCAGUGAUACGGGCCUACCGUUGUUCGGAUCGCUUCGUACAGGAGUCGAGAAAACGAGUUGAUGAAAACAUCAAGUUUUACUACGCUUCAAACACUGGAGCGAGAUGGAUUGGAAUAAGACUGGAAAUUCUUGGUAACGUUAUAGCAUUCUUAGCAACUGUGUUUGGUCUGGUAUCAGACGAUCUGAAUGGAGCUCAAGUUGGCUUAUCAAUAACGUAUGCAGUCCAGAUUACAAUAACUUUAAACCUUGUUGUCCUAGCGAUUAGUGAAAUGGAAAUGAACAUUGUUUCGGCGGAGAGAGUUUCUGAAUAUACUACACUUCAAUCAGAGGCUGGAUGGGUACUGGAGUCUGCAAAGCCGCCGAUAGACUGGCCUAGAUCUGGGACAGUAGAGUUCCGUAACUUUUUGACCCGCUACCGAGAAGGAUUAGACCUUGUCUUACGAGGAAUAAAUUGCGUGAUCAAAGAUGGCGAAAAAGUUGGAAUUGUGGGCAGGACGGGUGCAGGAAAGUCGUCCUUGACCCUUUGUUUGUUCCGUCUGAUUGAAUCUGCAGGGGGUUCUAUUCUGAUUGACGGUGUUGACAUCUCGAAGCUUGGACUACAUGAUUUACGGACAAAGUUAACAAUAUUGCCGCAGGAUCCAGUGUUGUUUUCUGGUUCAUUAAGAAGUAACCUUGACCCUUUUGGACGGUACAAUGAUGAGAAUAUUUGGUAUGCAUUGGAGUGUGCUCAUCUGAAGACCUUUGUAGAUGGAUUGGAAAAUGGGUUAAAUUACGAAUGUGGCGAGGGCGGACAAAAUUUAAGCGUAGGACAAAGACAACUUGUUUGCUUAGCAAGAACACUGCUGCAUAAAACAAAAGUUCUGAUUCUUGAUGAAGCUACUGCCGCCGUUGACAUGGAAACGGACGAUCUGAUUCAAGACACAAUUCGGGAACAGUUUAGAGAUUGCACAAUUCUUACCGUUGCUCAUAGACUGAAUACCAUAAUGGACUAUGACAGGGUGAUGGUGCUAGAUGCAGGUUUAAUUAAAGAAUUUGAUUCUCCACAAACCCUGUUGCAAGAUACGAAUGGUGUUUUCUACGGAAUGGCGAAGAAUGCGGGACUGGUGUGACAUAACGUUUAAGGACGUGCAAGAUUAAUGAUAAAAACUAUUGUUACAAAAAUGAAAAUAAACAUACUAAAUAUGUUAACAAGUCACUGAAUUAAACAUUUCUCAUUUAUUGAUAAAUGAGCUAAGUUGUGAUAUGUUUUAACUUGUGUUUGUAUAAAACGAAGUUAGAAAUUGUAGAAACGCCGUUAGCUGAAGAUUUUAUCGGAGAUGUAUUAAAUACAUGAAACGUGUAUCAGUGAAAUUAAUUUAAAUGAAUUUUUUUAA